UGCCAAAAGAGGACAAACGCUCAGGCGCUUGGGUAGGAGGCUCAGGUCUGAGUGUCAACUGAGAACUUGCACUGUUGCAGUUAACCUUCAAAGACAGCAACGCGUUGACACACGGGUUGGUGGGAUCUGGGAAGACGUUACCCCGAUAAUCUACAUCCUUCUGGGCUCACCAUCUAAAAUCAGAAUGGAAAGUCAACGUGAAAAAAGACACACCUGUGGGACGAUUUGUCUGAAAUAUCUUCUUCUUCUCUUUAACCUUCUUUUCUGGCUGGCAGGAGGGGCCGUGCUGGCAGUGGGAGUGUGGACUCUGGUGGAAAAGAGCGAAUACAUCAGUUUACUGAACUCCAGCUUCUACUCAGCCUCAGCUUACAUCCUGAUAGCUGCUGGGGUCAUUGUGAUAAUGACCGGGAUCAUCGGAUGCUGCGCCACUCUGAAAGAGAUGAAGAGUCUUUUGAUAGUGUAUUUAUGCUUGUUACUCUGUAUUUUCCUGCUGGAACUCAUCGCUGGUGUGUUGGCCUUCAUUACAUACCAAGAGUGUUUCCCUUUCUGCUACCAGCUGGAUGAGGAGCUCAGACAGAACCUGAAAGUGACCAUGCAGCUGAAAUACCAGCAGCCGGGGGAGGAGAGCGUCACACAGGCUGUGGAUAAACUUCAGCAGGAGUUUAAGUGUUGCGGCAGUCACAACUCCUCGGAUUGGACGGACAGUGUGUGGAUCCAGGAGAAUGAGCGGCUCGUUCCUGAUAGCUGCUGUAAAACACCCAUUGACCUCUGCGGUCGCAGGGACCAUCCCUCCAACAUCUACAAGGUGGAGGGAGGCUGCAUUAUGAAAUUAGAGGAGUUCAUCCUGAGUCAGUUGUAUAUUCUCGGUGCAGUGGGCAUCGGGGUUGCAUUUCUACAGCUCGUGGGGAUGAUGUUUACUUGCUGCCUUUAUCAGAAUUUAAAAGAUGAUCCGUACUGAUUUUUGGACUUCCUUUUAAAAUCACAAAAUCACACAGUCACAUUAUAAACUGUAAAUUGUUUGGUCAGACUUUUUAAAUGCACCAAAGUUUUUUUCAUAAGUUGCUAAUUCAAAUAAAGGCAUCGUGAUUUUAAAAUACAGACGUCACAGACACUAUAAUGCUGCUGUGCAGCACUGUUCUUUUUCUGCUUUGAGUAGCUUCCCUGUUAUGUUGAGAUUAUGAUCUGUGGCUGAACUUGUAACCAAAAUAUUCAUUUUAAAGAACAGGAAAAUAAGAGCAUGCUGUGAAGACAUUUGCAGUCAUUGUUGGACUUGUUGUUUAUCUAUUUUUUUUUAAUAAUGUAUCACACCUAACUUGAAAAUUAAUAUAAAGAUGUGUUUUGCUUGUUGAAAUGCAAAUAAAAAAAAAUGCUUGGCUUUUAUGCAAAA